AGUUCGGCGCGCAACCGGUACGUACGUCGCGUCAUCCUGUGCGUGCGCGCGCGCGAGUUUCAACACAUCUCUCCGUCGAUGCGUUCUCCGUUCGAUAUAACAACGUAUCGUAUUGGCGUCGCAUCGCUCCUCCGUUGUCAGCUCGUUCGCACGUCGCGCGGAAUCGCGGUCACCGGGUCGAAUUUCGAGAACCGGGUCUCGUCGCGCGCGGGAGACGUCCGUCCCGUGCCCGCGCCUAAAGUCGCAAAUCGGAGGUGCCGUGAUGCGUAGGAAGCCGCCAGCAUCAGGAUCGUCGAUCGCGUCGCGCAUCCCGUGAGGCUCGUGUAACCGGAAGCUGUCCUUGGAACCGGAACCGGCGAAAUGAGGUGUCCGGUAAAUAAGGACGCUCAAUAACGAUGAUAAUAAGUUACUUGAAAACCGCAGAGCGCGAUUCGUAUUGUGAUCGAAAGUGAUUCCGCGAAGGGAUUAAACGACGACGAGUACUUAUUUAACCGGUGAACGCCGAUCAUCGCGAAAUCGAUCAAACUUCGCGACGUGAGAAAGCAGAGACCGCGCGCAAAAAAAAAAAAAAGAACUCUCUCGUCCGGGAGAGAUCAUGGUGUGACUCGUGUGCGAUCGACAAAGAGAUCUCCCGGGAGAUCGACGAGAUAAUCCGGUGAUAGUGUGAUUCGGUAGUGAUCGGUUGUGAUACUGGUGCUUGAUAGUAGCUGCAAGUCGGAGAUCCGUUAGCGCUUGGGCCUCAUCCUCAUCGGUUUACUCAUGCUGGGAGUGCUGAAGCGGCGCUGGAAGCCAUCGAAAAGGGCUUCCAGCGGCCGCGGACCCGACUCACCCCUCAGCUCGGAUCUGGCGCUUGACAAGCCUCGUCCCAUACCAUCCCCCCGACAAAUCCACCCCUUGUACGGGGAAAAGGCCGGGCUUUUGGGUUACUGCGACACGGUCGGUAACACGGAGAAUUUUCCACCAGCCCCCAAUAUUGUCGUCGAGGGUGGUAGAAUCGAGUUUGUGCGCCCUUCGCAAGAUGGCACGACGACACCCCGGAGAAACACCAUGUCCAGAGCUUCGCAGACCUUCAAUGAGCAACCAGAGGAGAAGUCCGAUCCCGCCAAGGAAAGCUUGGAAGAGCGAGUGCAAGAACUGGAACAAGCGUUGCUGGCGGAACGUAUCGCGGCUCAACGAGAUCGAGCGACGAUUACAAAGUUGCAGCGGCAAAUUAACAAGAGGGAGGCCACGCAACGAGAUGUGGAACGAGAACGCCGGCAACGAAUGGAGGCCGAAGCUCGGGUACGCGAAGCUACGGCUGAAGCUGAAAGAACACGCUCGAGAGUUCAUCAUCUUCAGAGAGAGCUGGCCAGGAUGGAGGAGUCGUCGCGGAGCUUGCUGCAACAAAAGCACCGGGCCGAACAGCUGAAGCAGGAGAAAACGGCACUCACACUUUCCUACGAGGCACGCGUGCACCAGUACCAGGCGCAGAUAUCGAAGCUACAGCUGGAGAACGAGUCGAUGCGAGGUCAGCUGCGCGGUCUCGAGGCAGCGUGCGCUGGUGAAGUGCAUGCCGCGCUCGUGGCACGUCUGGCGACCCUGGAGACGGAGCACGCGGCCCUGGCGCGGGACGCCGACGCUCAACGUCGGCAAUACGAGCGGUGCCUGGACGACGUCGCCAACCAGGUGGUCCGCGCUCUCCUAUCCCAAAAGGGUCUCAGGGAAGAAAUAGGCGCAUUGCAAAGACGUAUACGAGAGCUCGAGGCUCAGAACCGAGCACUGUCGGGAAUCCUGGCGCAGGCUGCCAGUCCCGGAAGUCCCACCGAACUGAUUCAAGGAAUUCUUGAGGCCGGUCCGGCUGCCCUGGUGGCCGCUUUGGGCCUGGACCCUUCUUGGGUACCUCUGUCGAGGCCGCGUUCCCUCAACUUACAGAUACCCGUGAUGGCGGCCACUAAGUGCCGACGCAACAGACCUCUUGCGCAAAAACCCUCGGAGGAGGAGGGCAGCGAGAGUCCGGAGAGCGGUAAUCGCGACGAGGGUUAUUCGACCAUGUCGAGCGACGUUCAGGGCGAGGGCACGCGUCAGGAACCAUCCGCGCGCGGCCUCGAGGAUUUGAAGGAGGCCACCGACGAGACCGAGGCCGACGUGUCGCCGGACGCGCGUCUCGUCGCCCUCGACGCUGGCGAUCCGGACGUUCUCUUCCUACCUCUGAAUCUCACGGUGGGCAUCAAUCCGCGCCACAGUUAUCCGCCGACCAAGGAUCUGCUACCGUAUCAGCACGUGAUGCGCAGCUUCUCCGACAGUCAUCUCUGCCUCAAACUCACCACUACCGCGAAUUUCACACCAUAUAAGCUGCCCAGUCCCGUGGGCUCGUCCUCCCUCCUACUGGUAGAGGAGGAGGGCUGGGACGCCGAGUACGUUCAACAAUGGCUCAGGCUCGAUGACAGUAGAAGCGCGCAACAGCAUCGGGACCUACUCGAAUUGGAGUACGACAGAGCGGAGCUGGAAGAUUGGAGCUUCUCCCUGUCCACGGAGGACCUCGUACAAAAUGAAUCCGCAAUGUGGAAGGAGCAACCGACUGCUACAAACACGCCCGCUCUGCCGGCAAUCAAGGAGCAUAAUCUCCUGGAAUUGGAGGAGGACGCGAACGAGUGUCUGUGGAACGGCGCGAGCUAUCUCGCCGAUAGAACCGGGGGAGAACUGGUCGCGCUUUUAAUGGAUGCGAGAGCGACCGGACCCUGGCCAUACGCUUCGAGUCCCGGUGCGUCUUGGAGCAGCGAGGAAGGGGUCUUGGAAAAUUCAAGCAAACGUUCAUCAGCAGCGUUGUCCGGCUGCAGCGACGAUCCCGAUACUCCGUCAAUCGGCACCGACUUUACCAGAGACUUUUAUCGGCUAGUAAAGUUCGAGAGCACCAAGAGCUUAGCUAGUACAUCGUCCAGGAGCGGCAGACCGCCGCCGGAUAGAGAACAAGCACUUCAAAGCGUCUUAUCUUUUAUUGCCGAGCAACAGAUGUAUCUCGCGGAAUUACCGAACAAUCCCGUGGAACCGCAUAACAUCAUGUCUCAUUCGGCCGAAGUUACAGAAGUGGGCACUAACAAAAGUGAUUCCGCGGGAGAGGCAAUGGUCAUGGAAAUGGAAGGAUCAUGCGUCCAAGAAAGUAGCGGCAAUACCGGAAACGCGAUCGAAACGAGCAGCAACGAUGAGCUACUCGAUCAGAUACAAGUACCACCGUUGGCACCCGAGGAGAGGAUUGUAAGUGCCGUCUCGUGUAAUGGCGGCAUCUCGUAUACAACGGUAGCGCCGUCGGAAUUGGGAGCCGUUCCCGAGGAAGAUGAAGAGGUCGCGACUUCCUCUACGCCCAGUACAGUUGUAAGCCCGGCGCGAGCAACUCUUUUCGUGGAGGGUAGAGAUCGAACAUUAAGUUUUCACGAGCGCGCCACGUCCAAAGAUGUUAUAGACGAGCUGAAUCGUAUGAUUCGGAAGGGCGAGGAUCACACUAACGCUAUCACUAACAACGAAUCGCAGGUAGUGCUAGAGAAACUGGAUCUCGCUUGCUGCUGUCCGACAGGAUGGGUUCACGUUGAACGCGAUAUUGACUUCACCGACCCUAAAGCCAGAGCCAAUCUCUUAGAUGUGAUGUUAGCAAGCAGCGAAAGUUCCUCGGCGACAUCGAGCAGCGGUUCGGCGGGCAGUGAUUCGGGGGAUGAACCACCUGAUUACCGCCACUUGCAUAGAUUACAUCGGUACCGACGACAAAAGAAAGCGUCGGCGGCCCAGGCGCACCGCGUCCUCCGGUUGCCAUCUACCUGGGGCUCGUCCCGGCCAUCGAUCAUCGGCCGCGGCGAUGACUUCUUCGUGCGCUACGGGGACAAGGAACGCGAGGCGGUGGCUUCCUUCGACUUCCUCGACGAGUUCGUUGCGGCAACGAUGGCGGCCCCCUCCUCCUCGCUCGGCUCGGACGGCAGCCCCCUCGACCUGGAUGAUGACCUGGCGCCGUGUGUCGAUCUCAACAGCGACAUCAUGAAGCUUUCGCCACUUUAGGGAUGAAAUACCGGGCUGAUUUCGUAGAACGCGCAACGAUUUCCUAGAUGCGCGCGCGCGCAAGCCUUUUCUAAGUAAAAAAAUCAGUCCAACUGUCUUAAUCUUUUUGAUAUCAGAAAAUCUAGCUUUGUUGUAAUUCUUUUUCGAUGAAAAUUUUUCUUUUUUCAAAUGUGUUAAAUUCUCUAUUUUUACUUUUAACAUAUGUAUAGAAACGAGAAAAUUAUAAUUUUAAAUCGUAUUUCUUCAAAGUUUGAAAAAGAAUACUGCACGGCUUGCGAUACUACUAAAUGCAGCAUCAUCGUAAGUUUGCUUCAUGAUCACGCCAAUUAUAGCGAAUCAAAAUGACGAACCACUUGGUGGUCUGAUCCUAUUUAAUGCAGUGAAAGAUAAAACGAUAAGUAACUAUUCGCCACCGAUGUUAUAUUAUUCUUUCGUCAUCGACGAAGAUCAAUUAUUUUGAAAUAUUAGGCCAAUAUCUCGUACACCACGUGAACGUUAUUCGUUUACGAUGAAUAAUAAGGACGAAACAUUAUUUUACAAUGUUUUCGAUGCCGCGUUUCGAGUCUUGAAAUUUCGUAUAAUCGUGUGGAUUUUCUUUUAUCACAUGAUAUAAUCGAAAAACUCAAAACGUCGCGUAUCGAGAUAAAUUAACGGUUUAAGACAAGUGUUUAUCUUGUCUCUUUUUUCUGCGAGCUUCCUCUUACUUGAGAUACAAAUAAUCCUAUAGUACAGUCGAAUGUAAAACAGAAAAGUAAGAAAUCAAUGACAGUAAAUUGAUCCAAAUCAGAUCCAAAUUGGAUUCAAAUUCCUAGCUUUCCUAGAUUCAGGCUGACUCCUAGUUGGAAUCCAGCCUGCAGAUCGAAUUAAAUAGGGCAACAUCUAUCUCUAAUAUUCGUUUUCAGCAUGCAGUCCAAAUACAUAAAUUUUGUGUUACAUUCGCGCUGUGCUUUGGUGCGCUAAAUAAAAAGGAUCUACUAAUGGGUAUGUGCGGAUAAAUAUUAGUCAAAGAAUUAGCGAUAAGGAUAUGUAAGUUGUAGUCGACCUGUGACAUUAAAAUAACGUGUACGGCGGGCACGAAUCGCCACGAUUGGAAGGCCCUCGAAGGAAUGAACGCACACUAGCGUCGUAGAUAUAGCUGUAAUCUUUUUACGAAUAUUUCGGAUAUUGUAUAUCACGGUUGUUACAAAGAGCAGGAUCUUUCUGAUAGCUUAAAAAAGAAGAUUAGGCGACAAGAUUCUUUUAUAAAUAUUGGAUUCGUCAGGAAAUAUGUUAUGCAUAAUAGCUGAAUUUUUUUUUGCAGUGAAUUAAGAGACGUAAUUAUCGUAAUAAAACAAAGAUUCAAUGUUUGAUAAAUUAUAAAUCCAAUAUUUUAUAAUUAGGAUUUUUUAAACUGAGAAUUGAAUAAUUCCGACAAACUCCGCGAAUUUAAUAUUUGUGAAAAAAACUAUGAAGAAAUUAUUUAAUUGGCGCUAAACUGUCAGAGAUCUUGAAUGUGAUUAAGAGAAACGUCGUUUCCAUCGAGGAUGGUGCAUUUUAAACGACACAGGCUGUCAUUGAAUCAUUGUGAUGACUUCCGGGAAAAUAUAUGUCGCAGCGCGGUCACCUUCCAAAGUGAGCUUAUAGAGCGUAGAUUAAGAGGUAGUAGUGUCGAUUUUCUAUGAACCGUUAGAUAUUUUAUACUCCUUUACUCCCUCCUCUUACCUUCCCGUCGUCAAUCGUCAACGAGCGUCGAAAGAUUCGCGAAGAUCGUUAAUCGAUAAUUCGGUCUAUGCGCGACGAACUAUUUUCUUCUGUCCUUAGAGAUAUAAGAACGUAAACGAGCCUGUAAAUUUCGCUUCCGAACUUUGUAAUAUAAUAGAUUGUGAGAAAGAGCGAAAGAGAGAUAGAAAAAGGUAAUCUUGCGUAGAGAAAAAAAAUUGACAAAAUAACGAUUAUUUUGUCGGAUGAACGAAAGGGGCACUUCGGUGUAAUUUGUACGAAAAUCGUCGCUUCGAGGCGACACUUGAGUAAUGCGUUUGGUCGAAUUAUAGACAUAAUAUCAUUAGUGUAUACGUAAGUUUAAGGUAACGAUAGAGAUCAAGAUUAUUUUACACGUAGUUGUAUACCUGUAUGACAAGAAUACGAGGAUCAAUAUUCAAGGUGGAGACGAGGCUGCAUGGACUUUGAAAGUUGUCCUACAUUUGCUCGCGUUGCUACUGUUCUAGUCAAGCAAGUGAGAUCAUCAAUUAAUUUUAACAAUCUUGUCAAUUUUAUCAAUACACUACAUUGUAUAGUGUAUUGAUAAAAAUGUAUCUCCUCGUUCAUUGAACAAACAUUGAGAUAUAAAAAAAUAUUUGAAUAAUUUGAAAUGAAAUUUAACCCACAGAGGAUCUCAUCCGGACUCUGUAAUACAUUUCAUCUUCUUUCAGAUAAUAUUUAGCAAAUCUUUAAAAAAAUAACUUAGAAACUAUUAAAUUAUCCUUGUGAUAUAUAAUUAAUACCUUAUACGAUCACGAUCAUAUAUACAUAUAUUACUGUUAUUAUUUAUUAAAUAAGAUACGUAUCUAUUAAAUGAUGAAAAAAUUUCAUUGACAAUUAUGUGAAAAAGAAUGUAUUUUCUAAUUUAUGCCGAUUAAUCAGUGCUAAUUAGCAGCUAUCUUAAUACGCAAGGUUACUUCCGAUAAAAUACGCUGUUGCUAUGUUAAUUUAAAUCAAGAGAAAAAAUAUCGUAAUUUAUUUUAGUCAUUAUAUUUUAAUCCUAAUAAAAUGCAAAACCGGUUGUAAAAGAGAAAAAUUCUAUUUCUAAGGAAACAACUUUCGUCCUGCAGCCUGAAAAUAAUAGACUAACGACAUAGCUUUAAGAUGUUUGUAAGUUUUACCUGGGGACCGUACGGCCCCACCUUUAUUCCCGGUCGCAGUAGCAGCAAAGUCAAAUGAUAAUCGCGAAAUGAAGAGAGACUUUUGCUGAACGACACGAUGUACAUAGUAUGUAUUAUAGCUCAAAACGCAGAUGUAAGCAAUCCUCUCUUGAACUUAAUAAAUAAUGACAAUAUAUGAACGUAAAAAAAGCAUUUGUCACUU